GCGUCGGUGGAUGGUCGAGCUUCCCCGCGCGCGGCGCUGCCACUUGCACCUUGUCAGAGCGACGCUCCGGUGAAGCUGCAGCAUCGCUCUACAUUCCUGUGGACUCAACCCGACUUUAUCCGAAAGGUGCAGCAGGAUGCGGGGCGCACUCCCUGUGUGUGGACUGCCGCCCCUGAUGGCUCUCCUUCUGCUUCAGACUGUGGGCUGUGGCCUAACCAAUGCUGACACAGUGGUGAACAUGCGGAAGGUGACCCAUCAGACCAUUACUGAGGAGCUCUCUAAAACCGUUUUGCUCCCUUGCCUGUUCACCCUACGUCCGAGCACUGGUUUAUCCCAUGAGCCUCCCAGGAUCAAGUGGACCAAAGUCUGGGGUCAGAGGGGCUCCGAUGGAAUGCAGAAGGAGCAGUCGGUCCUGGUGGCCAAAGACAACGUGGUCAAGGUGAAGAAGGCCUUCCAGGGUCGUGUAACUCUGCCUGGGUACAAUAAGAACCGCUAUAAUGCCAGUCUCGCUCUGACCGGGCUGCGCUCCAGUGACUCCGGUCUGUACCGCUGCGAGGUUGUGGUUGGCAUCAACGACGAACAGGACACAGUUCCUCUGGAGGUCACAGGUGUGGUGUUUCACUACCGAGCCCCACACGACCGCUACGCCCUCUCCUUCGCUGAUGCCAAAAGAGUUUGCGUGGAGAACUCGGCGGCCAUUGCUACUCCUGGUCAGCUGCAGGCUACCUUCGCUGAUGGCUUUGACAACUGUGAUGCUGGCUGGCUGUCCGACCAGACUGUACGGUAUCCCAUCCAGUCGCCUCGGCCCGGUUGCUAUGGCGAUCGUGAGGACUCACCUGGAGUUCGAAACUAUGGCAGUAGAUCCCCCGAUGAGCUGUUUGAUGUCUACUGCUUUGCUAAGCAUCUUCAAGGGGAAGUUUUCCACUCCACAGUGCCUGAGAAGCUGAGCCUUGCCACCGCCUCAACCCACUGUCACUCCCUUGGCGCCCAGCUCGCCACUGUCGGGCAGCUGUACCUGGCUUGGCAGGCAGGCCUCGACCAGUGCGAUCCUGGUUGGUUGGCUGAUGGCAGUGUUCGCUACCCCAUCAACGUCCCGCGAAAGAACUGCGGCGGGGAUGAGCCCGGCAUUCGAACUGUCUAUAACAAUCCCAACCGCACCGGAUUCCCAGACACCAUGGCCCUGUUUGAUGCUUUCUGCUUCCGAGGAAAUCAGCCAACAGGGGUCCAGGCUGCAGAGGCACAGGCGUUAUACCAGACCGCUAACCCAGUAGCAGAAGCCAUGUCCUUGGUUACUGAGGCUCAGAAUAAUGCCCAUUCCUCUAAGACUUCUUCCUGGACUGGUUUGGUCGACUUGGACAAAGCGAGCUCCAUUGCUGGCAUCAACAACUCUUCUGAGAUCUCAGAGGAGCAUGUAGUCAUCCACUUAAGGCCUGAGGGGGCAUGGGACGAGACACAGGCUGAACGUAGAACCAGCCAACCCAGCCAGGAUGAGUCUGAAAGUCCAAGGAGCAUGAACACGUUGGGCCUCUCUGACCUUGAAGUCCUGGAGAGCCACGGAGGUUCUGCCCUUGAGGAAGAGGACAGUAGCUUCUAUGGAUCGGACGCCCCGACAUCGUCCUUCACGGUAUCUUCCACUCCGCAGUCACAGACGAGCAAUAGCAUUCUGGCUGACUUUGUCAACACUCUCAUGAAACCCUUUAAGUAUUUGACUGGUGGGGAAGAGGUUGACCAGAUGGAAAACGUGCCCGACGAAAAAACAGGAGAGAACCAGACACAUGGCGAGGCCAUCAGCAGAGACACAAGUGCACCAAAGCCUGGCGGGAACAAGAACGGCAUGGACAAUGCUAUCAUGGAGCACAGAAGUGGUGUUUAUUCCUUCAGAGGUCCCACCAGUGGACUUCAGAGUAAAGAGGAGGGUCUGUCUGAACAGGAAAAAGAGAUGAUACCACUGAUACGAUUGGUGCCUGCGGUCCAAAAUCCAGGGCGAGGUGACACCAGCACCCAUUCCAGCGAGCGAGCCACCACCCCUUUACCCAGCAGCACGCAAUCCACUGAUAACGAGUUCCCAUCCCAUGAGUUCCCAUCUGAAUCAGAACCUGUUGGGAGACCACCCAGUGAACAUUUCAACAUAUCCAGGCCUGAGGAUCACAGACAAGGUUCUGCUCUUUCUACUGCCCCCAACACCCUCUUCUCCUGGGCCAUCAAGUCCAUGCGUGGCCCCAAACUCAGUACCUCUGGAAAUCUGGCCUAUGCGGGUAAACAUGCCACCUGGGAACCAAUGGAAGCAAAAGCAGGGUCCCUUGAGGUGAUGACCCUGCCCACCUCAUUGAGACAAGACAUUCCAGAAAACUAUUCAGGUGAAGACAAGGAUCAAGAUAUAGAAGGUGCUAAUCCUCCAUCUACCAGGGGCGCAUCAGGAGAGGAGAAAGACACAGAGGGGAGUGCAGAAGGAAACAACUUUCCUGCUGAAUCUGGAUUGAAACUCACCAAGGAGGACAGUUCUGAUGUGAAACAGAGUCAUGAAAGUGAAUCUUUACUCAGACAGAGUGAUUUUGUGACCGUGGCUGAGCACACUACUCUCUCCCAAUGGCAGCUGGUUGAGCAGCCUACCACUCCAACUCAGGGCUCUCAGGAGCCAAACACAGCAGAGGAGGCAAAGGGGGAGAUCCUCUAUGUCCUCCGGCCCGCCAACAGUCUGCCUUCUGCCUCCUCACACAAAGGCAAAGGUGGGACAAAUUCAGCUUUCCCAAUGCUUCCUGAGAAGCACAGCAAAAACAUGAGCAAGAGUGACUUCAUGAAUUCUUCACCUAAAGCUUUGGUGGAUGUGCUGACCACCUCUGAAGCCACCACAACAGCCAGAGUCACAUAUAACACUGACUCUGCCUCCACAGAAACUACAACAGAUGGUUUAUCUGACAGCUUUUCAACAGAGGAGCCUUCAAUUUCCAUUUCAUGGGUUCAGGAAGAUAUCCACAAAACUACAAGCCCAACUGGCCUACAGGCCACUGAGGCACCUGGUGAAGAGUCUCAAACAGUUAUUGGAGUCACUCAUUUGACCACUGUUUCAUCCGUCCCCAAGGUUGGUGCUACAGAAAUGGAAUCCCGUUCUGCAGUUUCUGAGUCUUUUGUUGUGGGGGGUCUUUGGACACCAUUCAAGGGCUUCAAGGCAGACGAACACAAGAGCUUGGGAACGACAGAAAACAAAGAAGGAAGCAACCCAUUUGGCCUUCUCAUCCCCAACUGGUCUUUGGGUCUCAUCCCAUCAGUGGAAAAUAAUCCAUGCCAGACCAACCCCUGUCUCCACGGUGGGAGCUGCCUGCAGGAAGGCGAUGGCUACAGUUGCUACUGUCCUCAGGGCUUCUCUGGAGAGAGCUGCGAGAUCGACAUUGACGACUGCCAGUCUAAUCCAUGCCAGAAUGGAGGAACCUGCAUUGAUGAGAUCAAUUCCUUUGUGUGCCUUUGUCUGCCCAGCUACGGUGGAGCCACUUGCGAAAAAGACACGGAGGGCUGUGAGCACACGUGGAGGAAGUUUCAUGGCCACUGCUACAGGUACUUCAGCCGCAGACACACCUGGGAAGACGCCGAGAAAGACUGCAGAGAGCACAGCGGCCACCUGGCCAGCAUCCACAGCGCGGCUGAGCAGAACUUCAUCAGAGGUCUGAGCCACGACAACACCUGGGUUGGACUCAACGAUCGUACAGUUGAAGAUGACUUUCAGUGGACAGACAAGAUGGAUCUGCAAUACGAGAACUGGCGCGAAAACCAGCCGGACAACUUCUUUGCCGGAGGAGAAGACUGUGUGGUUAUGAUUGCGCAUGAGAACGGCAAGUGGAACGACGUGCCCUGCAACUACAACCUGCCCUACGUCUGCAAGAAGGGAACAGUGCUUUGCGGAGCCCCUCCCUCAGUGGAUAAUGCCUUCCUAAUUGGUCGUAAGCGUUCCCACUAUGACAUCCACUCUGUGGUGCGCUACCAGUGCGCAGACGGCUUCCUGCAGCGCCACGUGCCCACCGCCAAGUGUCGCGCCAACGGCAAAUGGGAUCGACCUAAAAUCAUCUGCAUAAAAUCCCGGAGGGCCCAUCGUUACCGGCGCCACCACCACAAGGGCAGGAGGGAGCGCAGGAAGCACAAGAGGCACGGCCACAGAGAGGGCGGCCACCACGGAGGAGAGGAGGGCCAGGGCCACAGCCACGCCCACUUCUGAACCAAAACAACUACAUAAUAAUAAUAACCAUCCUCUUUUCCUUUCCUCCCCCCGCUGUCAACUGCAAAUUGCCUGUUUUCCUGUCGUCCCCCAUUUUCCCCACAUCACUACUAGAGCCCAGAAGUCUCUGGCCAAACCUCUCCGUACUUCACUGUCCAGACCCAAGCUCCGCCCCCUGGCUGCCGGAGUCAGCCUGCAUCAUAAUCAACUCUGAGGCCCGGCGAAGUGCCGCCGGGCAUCACCGGGACAAUAAAAAAUCCCUUUGUACUCUUUUUACUUUCCUGUCAUCCGGUCCCUUCCUUGUCUCUCGCUCUCAUUCCCCUCCCGCUUGACCCAAUUACUCUCCAUCCCAGCUCGACGAUGACCCCGAACCCUGGGCUACCCAGACAUGUUUUUGAAGAACAAAUAACUUGGCGAUCCACACCUAGCAUUUCUUAGACGAGAAAGCUGUUUAGUAUGAACUGUAAAUAGGGAAGACAUCACAGAAGAAUGCCGUAUCAGAAUCAGACCAGUUCAAGAAGACGUGGUGUUGUUAACUUGAGCCUUUUUUCAUUUUUUUUACAAAACCCUCAGUCUUUACUCCUUGACUCUGCUGCUUUUGGUUUGCUCUUUGUAAGACAUUGUACUUAACUUAAAGCGAUGGAUUUAAUUGAGUUUUCUUUGAAUCUGAGGCCAUUGUAAUUACAUUUUUUUGAUUGUUAGCUUUGUAUCAUUGUCGGUGUAAGACAGUUACUUUAGAUCAGAUGCUAAAA